AUGGAUGAACCCCCUGCCACUUAUUCUCCAGAGGGUAGAUCUGUCCAUCCAUCUAAAAGGCGUCGUCUUGAGGUCAACCAUUCCGAAGGCCCCCCUCCCGGUUGCCUUUUGUUCAACACCACCGAACCUGCAGACACAGUUCUUCAGUACAAGAUUGUCUCUGCAUACAUUGCUGCAUUCCCUCCUGCUGGAGGACUAUUGAUCAACCAGUGGACGAUUGUUUGCCGUGUCAAUCGCACUGAGACAUACCAGAUUUCCUUGAAAGCACUACCAGGCGUUGGGGAUGACUGUGCCUACAACGACAUAUACCUCGAACUUGCUAAGGGUCCAACUAUCAACGCCACGGGCAGACUUCAUGGAAUGGCAAAGACAUUCAAAAUCAGUAUUGUGGUCGAUUCAACUAUCGGUGACCUUGUUGAAGUGUUGUUCGAUAAUAAUCUCAACAAGUAUCAGUUGUUGCAUGGCCGAGGCAACCGUGCCUGGAUGUGCGGCGUUCUCCAGGUGGCAAUUGAAAUAUUUCAUAAUAUAGAUGAAAAUGUCGCGGCCAUGUCCUAUGUUGCUCAAGGUUGGGAGGCCGAAUUUCCAAUCCGCCCUGGUGAUUUUCAAACUCCGAUGAUGGGAAUUUGGCUUGAUCGCACUGCAUGGUCCGGUGGAGAAUAA